AUGAACGACGCUGCCGCCACGGAACGCCUGUGCGGCCUGCUCCUGGCUAACGGCACGAGAGUGGUGCUGGUGGGCAACGGCCCGCUCAGCGACGACGACCGUGCCGCCAUCGACGCCGCCCCCACCGUCGUGCGCUUCAACGAUUUGUACCACAUGCGGCGCGGGGAGCGCAACACAUUGUGGGUGCUGACCACCAGCCAGGUCCAGGCAUCGACAUUCCGCAAAGCAAACAAGCUGGCGAAGGGCGCUCGUGCGGCACUGCUCUUCACCAACCGGGCCAUCCAGCCUGCCGACGAGGUGGCGGCAGCAUGGAAGGCGCUAGGUGUGGGUGAGCGGCGCGUGGCGGAGGUUCGCUACAGCUGGCACAACCCCUUUGCGCGGCGGGUGGGCGAGCUGCUCAACAUGAGUGGCACGCGCGUGACCACGGGCUUCAGCACGCUGAACCUCAUCCUUCACUGCCUGCCGCCCGAGGGGCGAGUGGACCUAUAUGGCUUUAGCUUC